AUAAAAAUGAAUCGUCAUAAUGAAUUCCAAGCUAUUGUGCUUGCGGGAGGAAAAGGUUCCCGUAUGACAGAGCUUACAGCAGGCCAACCAAAAUGUUUAUUGCCGAUUGCAAAUGUUCCUAUGAUCUGGUAUCCCUUACAAAUCCUUGAGCGUUCGGGCUUCAAAGAAGCAAUUGUUGUUAUUGCUGAAGCAACAAAAUCCGAUGUGUUAAUGUCAUUGGAUAAAUUGGGUCUGAAAAUCAAGAUAGAAUUUGUAGGAAUUCCAGGAGCCGAGGACCUUGGCACGGCCGAUUCUAUCAGACUCAUUCACGAAAAAAUAUAUACAGACAUCUUGGUGAUAUCCUGCGAUUUGAUCACAAAUGUGGAUUUAUCAGAGAUUCUGAAUUUAUACAGAAAACACAAUGCGAGUGUAACUGCUCUUAUGUUGCCUGUGCCGAAAAUGCCAGACGACUUCGUAACGCCAGGUCUAAAAAACAAACAAAAACCAGAAACAGACUUAAUUGGUAUCGACAAUAAUACAGGACGAUUGGUAUUCUUGGCUUCUGCAUCUGAUUUUGAGGAAACAAUUAACAUCUCGCAGAGGCUGCUAAGAAAGCAUGCUAGCUUCACUAUUCACUCCAAAUUAAUGGACGCACAUUUGUAUAUCAUUAACAAAUGGGUGAUAGAUUUCUUAAUAUAUAACAAAAAUUUUACAACACUGAAGGGUGAGCUUCUGCCAUAUAUAGUCGGUAAACAAUUGUCUAGACCUAAACAGUCUAUAGAUGAUAAAACGUCUAUGGUACAAAUGGAUUUGAAGGAUGACAUUUUCCAUUUUGCAUUGGAGAAACCGUUAGAUGAGCUGAUAAGAAAGAUGUCAGCCUUCAAUGAUCAUAAUACUGAUUUGGAGGAUGCAUAUAAUGGGGAUGUAAUUCGAUGUUAUGCUCAUGUAUCGAAUGAAAAGUUCGGUCUUAGAGCAAAUACUAUACAAAUGUAUCAUCUUGCAAAUGCUAAGAUAUCAGAAUGGUGGAAUGAUGAUAAAAAUAUUGAUCAGUUACCGUUGUUGCCAUGUAUCUCGAGCUCAGCGACUGUGCGUAGUACACAGAUGCAAGAAUGUCGCAUAGGCGAUAAUUCGUUGAUCGAGGAAAAAACAUGGUUGAAAAGUAAUCAUAUCGGGCCUAACAGUACCGUGGAAUCAAAAACAAGAAUAUCUCAGAGCGUGAUAAUGGGACAUGUAACUAUUAAGCAAAGAUGUGUUAUACAUAACUGCAUACUGUGUAAUGGCUGUACCAUCGAGGAAGGCACUGAAUUAAAGAAUUGCGUAGUUGGAGCACAACACGUAGUGAAAUCUAGUAGUCAACAUUCUCACGAAGUACUCACUGAUGCAGAUAGACUUAUAGAAAUUUAA